CGUGUGGGGCUCGCCACGGGGUUGCUGCUGGGUUGCCCACCCCAGGGCUGCUCUCCCGGGGCUGCUUUUCCUAGGGAUGCUUUUCCAGCCAUUCCCAAGCCAAGCCGUGGCCUGACGCAAGCCGGCUGUCUCCACCCCGUGCCCGAAAAACUCCACCCUCCUCCUCUUCCUCCUCCUCCUCCUCCUCGCAGUGCACAGCCCAGCUGGGAUAUAAGUCACUCGGAGGACCGGGGGCAGCCGAGACAGCCGGCUGGGUGGCGUUGGGCCCCGUGCCGUGUCCCGUGCCGUGUCCUGUGCCGUGUCCUUCGCCUCGACGCCGGGCACCAUGGCGACGCCUUCGCAGAAGAGGAGCACCCGCAGCGGGGCUUCGGGGACCCCCUUGUCCCCCACCCGCAUCACCCGCCUGCAGGAGAAGGAGGACCUGCAGGAGCUCAACGACCGCCUGGCCGUCUACAUCGACAAGGUGCGCUCGCUGGAGCUGGAGAACGCCGGCUUGAGGCUCCGCAUCACCGAGUCGGAGGAGGUGGUGAGCCGCGAGGUGUCGGGCAUCAAAGCCGCCUACGAGUCGGAGCUGGCGGACGCCCGCAAGACCUUGGAUUCGGUGGCCAAGGAGAGAGCGAGGCUGCAGCUGGAGCUCAGCAAAGUCCAGGAGGAGCACAAGGAGCUGAAAGCCCGCAAUGCCAAGAAGGAAGGGGACCUGCUGUCCGCCCAGGCGCGCCUCAAGGACCUGGAGGCGCUGCUCAACUCCAAGGAGGCUGCGCUCUCCACCGCCCUGAGCGAGAAGAGGAACCUGGAGGCUGAAGUGAGGGACCUGAGGGCACAGGUGGCCAAGUUGGAAAGCGCCUGCAAUGAGGCUAAGAAGCAGCUGCAGGACGAGAUGCUGCGCCGGGUGGAUGCCGAGAACCGGCUGCAGACGCUGAAGGAAGAGCUCGAGUUCCAGAAGAACAUCUACAGCGAGGAGCUGCGGGAGACCAAACGCCGCCACGAGACCCGGCUGGUGGAGAUCGACAACGGGAGGCAGCAGGAAUUUGAGAGCAAGCUGUCCGAGGCCCUGCAGGACCUGCGGAGACAGCACGAGAACCAGAUCAAGCAGUACAAGGAAGAACUGGAGAAGACCUACAGCGCGAAGCUGGAGAACGCCAAGCAGUCUGCCGAGAGGAACAGCAACAUCGCAGGAGCUGCCCACGAAGAGCUGCAGCAAGUCCGCAUCCGCAUCGACAGCCUCUCCUCCGAAGUCAGCCACCUGCAGAAGCAGUUGGCUGCCAAGGAGGCAAAGCUGCACGAUCUGGAGGAUGCCCUGUCCCGGGAGCGCGAGACCAACCGGCGCCUGCUCUCCGACAAGGACCGGGAGAUGGCCGAGAUGCGGGCACGCAUGCAGCAGCAGCUGGACGAGUACCAGGAGCUGCUGGACAUCAAACUGGCUCUGGACAUGGAGAUCAACGCCUACCGCAAGCUGCUGGAGGGCGAGGAGGAGAGGUUGAGGCUGUCCCCCAGCCCGUCCUCCACAAAGGACACGGGAUCCACUUCUCCGGCUCGAGCUCAGUCCAAGAAGAGGAAGCUGGAGGACAGCGAGAGCCGGACCAGCUUCUCCCACCAUGCCCGGACAAGUGGACGCAUCGGUGUGGAGGAGGUGGACCUGGAGGGCCGCUUCGUCCGGCUGAAGAACAAAUCCAACGAGGACCAGGCGAUAGGGAACUGGCAGAUCAAGAGGCAGAACGGGGACGACCCCGUCAUCACCUACCGCUUCCCCCCGAGGUUCACCUUGAAGGCUGGCCAGAUGGUCACGAUCUGGGCCUCGGGGGCUGGGGCGACCCACAGCCCCCCCACCGACAUGGUGUGGAAGAACCAGAGCAGCUGGGGCUGCGGGGACAGCCUGCGCACUGCCCUCAUCAACUCCAACGGGGAGGAGGUGGCCAUGCGGAAGCUGGUCCGCACCGUGAUCAUCAACAACGAAGACGACGACGAGGAUGACGAAACCGGCCACCGCCACCACCACGGCAGCUGCGGUGACUCCGGGGACCCCGGCGAGUACAACCUGCGCUCGCGCACGGUGGUGUGCAGCAGCUGCGGUCAGCCAGCCGACAAGUCGGGCUCGCAGAACGCCGGCCUCAGCUCCAUGUCCUCGGGCUCCUCCUCCAGCGUGACCGUCACCCGCAGCUACCGCAGCCUCGGAGGCUCCGGAGGUGGCAGCGGCCUCGGGGAAAACCUGGUGACCAGGUCCUACAUCCUGGGCAGCUCCAGCCCUCGCCGGCAGGCUCAGGCCCCGCAAAACUGCAGCAUCAUGUAACUCCGUGGCACCAUUCCUGUGUUUUCCUGGCCAUCUCGAGCUAGUUGAUUCCCAAAGCAAAAGUUUUUUUUUUUUUUCCUUAAAAAAAAAAAAAGAAGAUAUCAAAACCAAGGUUGAAAUUUUUGUUUUCUAUAGCAGGAAUUUUAUAUAUAUAUAUAUUAAAAAUGCUAAAAGAUGCUUUUUUUUUUUUUUUGUAAAGAAAAAAAAAUCUAUUUCUAUAAAAAAAAGAAAAAGCUUUUCAGCUUCACAACUUUUUUUAAAACUUCAGCCAAAGACACCGACGAAUCGUGUUUACCGAACAGCAAUGCAGGAAGAGAUCGUAGUUUAAUAGCUCUCUAGCUGAUGCCUUUUUUUGCCAAAGCUUUUUAUAUAGGACUAAGACAAGCGAAGCCAGCCCGGGUAUGUGCUGGGCGCUGCGCUGCGGUGGCUGGACCGGAGCUCAGAGGUGCUGGGGCAGAGGCUGGGCCACCCACACCAGCGCUGCCGCAGUGACCCCACUACACUCCUGGGCACGUGCCUUGGAGGGCUGCUGGCUCCAGCAGAGCCCAGAGCCUUUGUAAUCCCCCCCCUUUAUUAUUAUUUUUUUUAAUCCGUAUCCAAAUUUCCCCCACACUUUCCCUUUUUUUUUUUUUUUUUUUUUUUUUUUGGUUAUUUUUCCGCUGCAACAUCUCAGGGGGCUCCCGGCAGCUUGUGGGCAGCGUCCUGGCUCGCAUUGGGCAUUGCCACCUUGCCGACCCCCCCCCCCCGGGCACCGUUUCCACCCCCCCCCCCAAGGGUUUCUCAGCAGCCGAGCUGUGCCUUAGCCAGGAGCCUUGCCACCAACGCUAGCCCCGAGGUGGGUCCCCUGAUGGCCAAGCUGCGCCCUGCUCCUGGCAGAUUCGGCUGAGGGGGCAGCGGCCCCCACUCCUGGGGGGGCUCCCGGGGGGCUGGAUCCAACCCCGUGCCCCAUGGGGUUCAGUCCUGCCGUGUCCAGCCUGGCUCUCCUCCAGUGCAGGAGUUCAGGCGCCCGUUCCAGGGCAGGAUGAGGCCAAGGAUGCUCGGGCUGGGCUGUUUUGGGGAGGGGGAUUUCGGGGUCUGGCACAGGCAGCUCCCCUCCCUGCAAGGCUCCAGCCAGCUACCAGCAGAGAUUUCCACGUGUUGCCCCGCUGGGGGGGGGGGCAGCCCCCGGCCCCUCUGCCUCCAGCGUGGCCAGUGGGGCAGGUUCAGGCCCCCAGCAGGAGCCACCCCGCGUUCGGACCUGUGCUUGCCAAGCUUCUGUACCCGUGCCUGUAUCGCCUUCUGAAAUCAAUACAGCAGAAUCCUUCCCA